AAAACGGCCUGGGAGAGCUCAGAGGCACUGUACAACAAAAAAUUUGAUAAAUCAACACCGUUCCUGGGAAAAGAGCGUAUUACAGCUAUUUACUAUUACACCUUUGGCAAAGAUGAUGUGUAUCUUGAUUUCAAUGAGGCAGUUCGAACUGAGGGACCUCAGUACAAGACCACAUUCGGCUUUCAUGCUCUUCACUUUCUCCUGACUGAUGCCAUUCAAGCUCUGAAAGAACACAGGAGCAAAAACGUCCCUGUGGGACAGGACGGAUGUGUCACUAGCUUCCGUCGAGUCAAAAGGUCCUUUAACGGAAAAAAAAACACGCAGUUUCGCUUUGGCUCCUUCACCUCAUCCUCACUGGGUCAGUACAGCAAGAAAGUAGAAAGAUUUGGAGACAAGACGUGUUUUGAGAUUAAGACAUGCUAUGGAGAAGACAUAUCUGAGUACUCUAAAUUUCAGAUCGAAGGUGAAGUGCUGAUUCCUCCUUACGAGAUCUUUAAAGUCGUCGAUAUAAAGGAGAGAUCCAAGCAGAAGGAUCUUCCAUGUGAGGUGGAAUAUAAAGUCAAGAGUGCAGGCAAA